UACUUCGUCUGCCAUGCAAGAUCUUUGCCAAUUUUACUGCUGUGCUUCAUGAUCAAUCACUUAGUUCUACAUUUCGUUCUUUGGACAACUUGGAUGAGCAGAUGUGUAAGUUUGAAUGCAUCAUGGAGCAUCGAUGCAAGUCUAUAAAUUUAAACAGAGAGCUUGGUAUUUGCCAGUUGAAUAGCAAAUCAGCACAGGAUCCAAAAGAUUUCAUUGAAACGCAAAUAAAGGAGGGUUGGACAUAUUAUUCAACCCGUUUUGAAGAGAAAAAUGUUGGUCAGUAUUGUCAAGCAAAUGAUCCUUGCAGCGCCGGACAUAAAUGCAUUGACACUUGCUACUGCCCAGGGUAUAAAUGCAUUGCAAAGAAUAUCGCCUAUAAGAAGCCAUCUUCCCAUUCAUCAACCCAUACAUAUAACGGAAUAGAACUUGUUGCAAGCUUCGGAAAUGAUGGUGACAGAACGGCAAACUGGCAGAAAUGUAGUUUCACCAGUUAUGAAGAGCAACCCUGGUGGCAAGUGAAUCUUGAAAAGGUAGCCGCUGUUACACAUGUUCGGAUAACAAAUUCUGUAGCCUGGCCUACACAUGAUAUAAACCCAUUCAAUGUUAGUGUUGGAAAAGAUAGCUGAAACGGCGGAAGAAACAAUGCGCUUUGUGUAAAUGGUGGAAGGUUGGCUAGUGGCGAGAUGAAAACUUUUUAUUGUCCAAAGCUGAUGAUGGGUCGCUACGUGAGUGUGUUUUUGAACAGGAAAGAAUUUCUUCAAGUAUGCGAGCUUGAGGUUUAUGAAGCGAAGAAUUUGGCAUAUAAAAAGCCGUCCUCGCAUUCAUCAACUUCCAUCAUAAAAGGAAUCGCAUUAGUUGCCAGCUUUGGAAAUGAUGGGAACCGAACUGGGGAUGUGUUUAGUUGCAGUCUCACACAAGCUGACAUGGCACCCUGGUGGCAAGUUGACCUUACAAGGCAAGCCGCUGUCACAAUUGUCCGAAUAAAGAAUGGCGCAACUUGGGAUCCUCACAGAAUCAAUCCAUUCAACGUCAGUGUUGGGGACAAUAAGUCAAAUGGCGGACGAAACAAUACACUGUGUGUGAAAGACGGAACAUUGCCAAGCGGAGAGUUGAGAAAGUUCGAUUGUCCACAGGUUCUGAUGGGUCGUUACGUUAGUGUUUAUUUGAAUAGGUGGGAAUAUCUUCAAGUAUGCGAGGUUGAGGUUUAUGAAGGUAUGUGCCUGAACUCAAGGCUUUUAGGCCGUCGGCUAUCCUUUAUAUGAUCCCUAGAAAUGAGGUUUCGUUGCACACUUUACUAAGCUAAGAAAUUUAUACGUUAUCUGGGACAACUUUUGGUGUAGAAUUCAAAUCUA